AUGGCGGGAGUUGGAACAUCGAUGCUUGUCUCUGUUCUUCUGUUCACAGUGGUGCUGUCGCUGCAAGAAGUGUACAGAGGGAAACUAGCGUCUUCGGAGCUGUUCACGAUCCUUGGAGGCUUCACUAGCUCCCUCCUCUUUCUCUUCUCUCUCACUUUCAUUGGGAAUCUCCAGGAGUCUUCUGGUGGGAAAAGUAGCUGGGGUGCAGUGAUUAUUGCUGAAAUCAUAGCUCUUGUUGCUGCCAGCACGGUUCAUCGAGUUUGUAUUACAACUUGUUUCUUGUUCUCUGCUGGGCUAUUAUACGAGAUGAACAAGAUCUCAGGAUAUAUGCUCUCCAAAGCUGAGUCCAAAUCUAAAAGGCACUGAGAUCAGAGCAUAUGAUUUUCUCCAUUAAUAUAUUUAUCUUGUUCAGCACUAAAAGAUUCAUGGAUACUACUACCGCAUCUUUUGCUUUGACCUUGUGGAUUUUGUAGUUGUGUGUUUAUGAGUCAAGGAUACUUCAGCACUAUACUAGUCAUCAUGGCCUUGUUCGUUUAAGAGUAGUUAGUCAUUGCAACCUGUGAUCUCGUAAAUCAUAGAUUGUUGUUCCGGCGGUUUGUGGUGACAACUAAACACAAAUCGUUAUUUCAUGAUAUAUAUGU